AUGGAAGUAGUGCCCAUGUUCACGGCCGACGACGAUGUCAUUGUCGAGUGGCGCGCCGUCACGGUGGGACUGCUGGACGAGCUGCUGGAACAAGUGAACAAGUUGUUGCGCUUGAAUGGGCCGGACAAGCUGACCCUGGCCCAGAUGCUCGAAGCGGGGAGCUGGAAGGGAGGUCGAGAAAUUGCCGAAGUGUCGCGGCCCAACACUAAAGAACCGCCGAUCAUGAUCCUCUCGGACGGCACUGUUUUCUAA